GAUUGCCUUCCCCCUUGAGUACCAGACUGCUGAGACUGGAUCAUUUCCUCAUUUCCAUCCUGACUGCAGUUUGUGGGUCUGAUUCUACACCUGAGGGAACUGUACCCUGAACCCAAGCCCAAUUCUGGAGACUUUGGAUAACUCUUAAGAGACAAGCAAACUGAUGAAAAUUGGGCUCAGGAUGCUGUUGCUACGAGCUGUUCUACUGCUACUAGUCCUGCCUGCUCACGGCCAGGACUCUGUGGCAGAAGGGCCUGGAGUCCUGCUUCCCCUGCCGAAGGGGGCCUGCCCAGGUUGGAUGGCAGGCAUCCCGGGGCAUCCUGGCCACAAUGGGACCCCAGGCCGUGAUGGCAGAGAUGGCACCCCUGGUGAAAAGGGUGAGAAAGGAGAUCCAGGUCUUGUUGGUCCUAAGGGUGACACUGGUGAAACUGGAAUAACUGGGGUUGAAGGUCCCCGAGGCUUUCCAGGAACCCCAGGAAGGAAAGGAGAACCUGGGGAAAGUGCCUAUGUACACCGUUCGGCAUUCAGUGUGGGGUUGGAGAGUCGGAUCACUGUCCCCAAUGUUCCCAUUCGCUUUACCAAAAUCUUCUACAAUCUGCAAAACCACUACGAUGGCACCACUGGAAAAUUUCACUGCAACAUUCCUGGGCUGUACUACUUCUCCUACCACAUCACAGUCUACUUGAAGGAUGUCAAGGUCAGCCUCUACAAGAAAGACAAGGCUAUGCUCUUCACCUACGACCAGUACCAGGAGAAGAACGUGGACCAGGCCUCUGGCUCUGUGCUCCUUCAUCUGGAAGUGGGUGACCAAGUCUGGCUCCAGGUGUACGGGGAUGGGGACUCCUAUGGGAUCUACGCAGAUAACGUCAAUGACUCCACCUUUACGGGCUUCCUUCUCUACCAUGACACCAACUGAUCACAACUAACUUAGAGCCUCCACCUGGCCAAACAACCCCAAAGUGAAAAAAACAGUCAACAGGUGUUCAGUGGAGUUAGAAGACUAAUUUUGAAAGAAGAAGAAGAAGAAGAAGAAGAAGAAGAAGAAGAAGAAGAAGAUUAAUUUUUGUGUCUAGUUGGAAAGCUCUGAACAUUACUCAUUAUCUACUCAUUCAUUCAGCAAGUACCUUUUCAAAAAAAAUCAUAUACUAUGUUCCCUGUCCUAAAGAAAACAUAGUUCUUGGCCUCAAGGAUCUGUUAUGUAGUAGCAACGAAAAGUUAAUAAUAUUUCUGGGGGUGCUUCACAUAUAUGGUAAGAUAGUGGACUACCAGAAAGUAUUUGGCAGUGCUAUUCUGUGUUCCACCCUUUUUCCUCACGUUCAUGCCAAUCCUGGGAGGUGCACAGGAAAGAUAUUAUUCUUCUCAUUUUAGUCUUGGGUCCUGAGCCUGAGAGAGUAAGGGAAUGCCUAAGCUCACACAGGCAUUAAGUGGAAGAGUUAGUAACCAAACCCAGGUCUGUAGGCCUUCUCCACUAGACCCUGGCCUUUUUUUAGGAGUAUACGGCCUCUUGAGAGUGUUGGUAGGGGGUCUAUCACCCACCUCACCUGAGGGCCUCUAAGUUGGUCUUCAUGGUGAAUUAAGCCUUUCCCCAGUAGAGCUCCCUCAGAGAAGGUGAUUCUAUGACUAGGUCCCAUCCCAGCCGGACCAUUAAUUACUCUGUACUUCAAAAAAAAAAAUUACUCUGUACUUCUGCUUCUGUGUCUUUCCUCAUGCUCUUCUCUCUAGCUCAGAAAGCUACUUCCAUCUCCACAUGGUGAAAUCCUCCCUGUUCCUCCAAACCACCUAGUCAGGAAGCUUCUCUGAUGUGCUAGCUCUUUCCUGCAAAUUUUCCUCACAACACCGUGCCCCUGUGUCCCUCUACAUAUUAAGCUGGAUGAGAAUCCUGGGUUGACAUUUUCUACCAGCCUGGAGACAACUGCCUGGAAAGGACUGUGCUUCUUUCACCUCUGAGUCCCUUUACAGGUCCUUGAUAAAUGCCUCAUGAAGACCAAUCUCUUGAAUCUCACCUCUACCCAGAAUUAACUCCAGUUUAGUCUCUUCAUAUAACUGAUCCUUAUCUACAAAAACAUUUUCAUUUUAGGAACUCCCUGAAUUUAAUCCUUUCCACUGAGUAGUUUGAAUUUUUUCCACUAAGGUUUGGGUGUGUUUUCCAGAAUACUUAAAGAAUUCUCCCUCAAGGGGGUAGCUUGAGCCUGCAAUGCAAAACCCACAAAGGAAUUUGGAGACGAUUCUUUCCUUGAGUACCAACAAGGUCUGGAAAGACCUGGGCCUUCUGAAUCUAUUCUUGUUCUUUAAGAAUUAUAAAAGGAAGAAGAGUAAAGAAAAGAACUAUCUGAGGUGAUGGGUAUGAGAGCUAGCUUGAUUGUGGUGAUUAUUUUACCAUGUUUAUCUAUAAUAAAUCAUCACAUGGUACAUCUAAUUAUAUACAAUUUUUAGUUGUCAAAUAUUUCUCAAAAAAAUAAAGAAGUAUAUAAGUAGUCAAUAAUGAUAAAUAUCCUCCCAGGAGACAACAGCUUGCGUAACAUUUUUCAAAGUCUUUAGCAAAAGCAGAGUUAGUAGCAUUCUGUAUAAACAGACAGGGGAAGCUUUUUUUUUUCUCCUCCCAGUUUUAUCAUUCUGAAUGAUUCCUUUUUGUUUGUGUAUUGCUUAUCAUUAAGGGAUUAUUAUUUCUACAUACAAAGCUUCAUUUUUAAAAAUGUUUGCGCAUCGGGGCACCUGGGUGGCUCAGUGGUUGAACAUCUGCCUUUGGCUCAGGGCAUGAUCCCGGGGUCCUGGGUUUGAGUUCCACAUCGGGCUCCCCGCAGGGAGCCUGCUUCUCCCUCUGCCUGUGUCUCUGCCUCUCUCUGUCUCAUGAAUAAAUAAAAUAUUUUUUAAAAAUAAAGUAAAAAAAAAUGUUUUCACAUCAUCAUGUUAUACAAAUAAAAAUACUGUUUAGCAUUAAAAGUAGAAGCACUUGAA